AUCUUUGGGACAGCGCCGGGGUCCGUUACUGAUGACGUCUCUGGUGAUUUGGAAGAUGUAGUAGCCGAAACUUGACACACUUUUUUGUAUAUUAAAUUAAUGUUAAUAUAACUAAACAAAUGCGUAGUACGUACUAUAAGCCACAAAAUGGAACAAACUGCACAUAUACAAAAUUGAAAGUUUCAGGUCAGACAAAAACAGACUCCUACAGCCCAACCAUGCCUCAGAAACCCCAAAAGAGCGCCCAGACUUCCCACUACAUUGAGCUGGGAGGUUAUCAGUACUGGCCUGUGCUGGUGCCCCGAGGUAUCAGACUGUACACCUAUGAACAGAUCCCAAUAUAUCUGAGGGAGAACCCCUACAUCACAGAUGGAUACAGAGCCUACCUGCCCUCCAGACUGUGCAUCAAAAGCCUCUUCAUUCUUUCCAAUGAGACGGUAAAUAUCUGGAGCCACGUGUUGGGCUUCCUGCUCUUCUUCUUUGUCGGGGUUUACAACAUGGCCUCAGUGCUGCCGGCCAUCGGCGCCUCUAAAGAGGACUACGUCAUCUACUCCAUUGGACUCUUCUGCUUUCAGCUGUGUAUGCUGUGUUCGGUGGGUUAUCACCUGUUCUGUUGCCACCGCUCGGAGAAGACCAGCCGCCGCUGGAUGGCGCUGGACUACGCAGGGGUUUCCAUUGGCAUUCUGGGCUGCUAUGUCCCCGGAGUCUUUUACACCUUCUACUGCAAUAAUUACUGGCGGCAGGUGUACCUGGUGACGGUCCUGGCCAUGAUCCUGGCGGUCUUCUUCGCUCAGAUCCACCCUCAUUACCUCAGCAAGCAGUGGAAGCAGCUGCGCUUGCUCAUCUUCUGCUUGGUGGCCGGAUACGGCCUCAUCCCCACCGUCCACUGGAUCUGCAUCACCGGAGGCUUCUCUUCAGAGCUCGUCCAGGCUUUUGUUCCUCGAGUCCUGGGAAUGUAUUUCAUCGCCUCAUUAGCUCUCAUUUUCUACGUUUCAAAAGUUCCUGAACGCUACUUCCCGGGUCAGCUGAACUACCUGGGCUCCAGUCACCAGGUGUGGCACCUGCUGCUGGUGCUGAUGUUUUACUGGUGGCACCAGUCGUCCUGCUUUAUCAUGUCGUACAGACACAGCCAGCCCUGCCUCGACACAUCCCAGCAUGCCUAGCUGCUCUGAACGCUGGGACCCCUGACUCUGUUAAACUGGUGGUGAAUGGCUGCAGUGUAUUCCAGCAUGCACAGGUACAAGGCAAAGAGACACCAUGGACAGGCCUUCAGUCCAUCUCAGUGUCCCCACAAUGGACACAUUGGUACCUGUCUUCAGUCCACCUGACCUGUGGAGGAAACCGUCAGAGGGGCUGCAAACAGGAAUCAGACCUGUGACCUCCAGUACGUGAGGUGACACAUGUUGAGAUUGUUUUUAAGAUGGGACCUCUGGCUGAAAGAAGCCGUUUUACCAUAUUAUCACCAGAAAGUCAAACUACAAAAUCUCCAGAAUUUUCACUGCAUCCAAAUUUAUGUAUUUUAAGUAGCAGCUUUCAUCACAGAUGCAGCGGCAAAAAA